AUGGACAACCUGCGCCCUGGCCACAUGGCAUUGUGGGAGUGUGGCCAACUGAGCCUGCCCCAGGGCAUUGUGGGAAACAUCCUGCGCAAGGCACUGGACAAGAUCGCCGAGAUCAAGUCCUUGCUGGAGGAGAGACGCAUUGCGGCGAAGAUCGCGGGACUCUACAACGACUCAGAGCCGCCACGUAAGACCAUGCGCCGGGGGGUCCUCAUGACCCUCCUCCAGCAAUCGGCCAUGACACUGCCUCUCUGGAUUGGAAAGCCUGGCGAGAAGCCCCCACCUUUGUGCGGCGCCAUCCCAGCUGCCAGUGACUACGUAGCCAAGCCCGGCGACAAGGUGGCCGCCCGGGUCAAAGCUGUGGACGGGGAUGAGCAGUGGAUCCUGGCAGAGGUUGUUAGUUACAGCCACGCCACCAACAAGUAUGAGGUGGAUGACAUUGAUGAAGAAGGAAAGGAACGUCACACGCUGAGCCGACGACGCAUCAUCCCGCUGCCGCAGUGGAAGGCCAAUCCGGAGACGGACCCUGAGGCCCUAUUCCAGAAGGACCAGCUGGUGCUGGCGCUCUACCCCCAGACCACGUGCUUCUACCGUGCCCUGAUCCACGGGCCCCCAACCCGGCCCCAGGAUGACUACUCAGUGCUGUUCGAGGACACAUCGUACGCGGACGGCUACUCCCCCCCGCUCAACGUGGCCCAGCGCUACGUGGUGACCUGCAAGGAGACCAAGAAGAAGUGACCUUGCCCCCCUCAAUUUCCCCCUCCCCCCUUCUCCAACUGCCCCGCGGUGCCUCCCACU